GGUAAAAUCCAAGUAUUUAUAAUGUCGUCAAGAACCACCACAAGUGCGGCAUCAGUAGAAGAGGUCACGGUGACAGGUGAACCAAAGCUAAGAGGUAAGCUACGAUUCCGUGCAGUUGUGAGGAAAGUGUUUGCCAACCUCUAUUGGCUGACUGAAACUGAAGAAGAGGAAAUAGAUGAAACUGACCAACAGAAAAUCUUGGCUCUGAAGCGGAAAAGGGGCAAAAAGGGCACACUUUCCCUGCAGGACAAAGCAUCAUUUAUGAAACCAGCAGAAUAUCGCUCUGAGAAGGAAAGAGAAAUCCUUAGUAGCAUUAUUUGUGGACUUCAGUGCUUCAAACGUUAUCCUGAGCAACAUGCGAACUGCUUCAUAUUGAGAAAAAAGAUUUUGAUAAGGUGAUAGAGGAAACAAUAAAGCCAGACUGGGAUAUGUGCAAAUAUGCUAUGGCAAGAUUUCC